AUGGCUACCAUUUCACUCAGGCAUAACCCUCAAGUGAACAACACUAACCAGCAACGUGAAAUCAUCACUGAAGAAAUCCAAGGACUCAUAAGAGUCCACAGAGAUGGACGUGUAGAAAGGCCACCAAUUGUGCCUAGUGUCUCCUGCACAGUGGCAUCAUCAUCAGAACGUGGUGUCACACCCAAAGAUGUUAUCAUCAACAAAGAGACCAACUUAUGGGCACGUGUUUAUGUGCCAAUUAGUUCUCACACAAAGCCUCUUCCUUUGCUUGUGUACUUCCACGGUGGUGGAUUCUGUGUUGGUUCUGCUGCUUGGAGCUGUUACCAUGAGUUCCUGACCCACCUUGCUUCCAAAGCAAACUGUGUCAUUCUCUCCGUGGAUUAUCACUUAGCCCCAGAGAACCGACUUCCUAUGGCAUAUGAUGAUGGUUUCAACGCUCUCGCGUGGGUGAAAAGAGAAGCACUGAAUACCUCCAGUGUGCAAAAGUGGUGGCUGAAUCAUUGCAACAUGUCUUCCCUUUUCCUAGCUGGUGAUAGUGCAGGUGCCAACAUAGCUUAUAAUGUGGCCACACGCAUGGGAUUAGCAUCAAACACACCAAUGACACCAUUAUCUCUCAAGGGUAUUAUAUUGAUCCAACCUUUCUUUGGAGGAGAAGAAAGAACUAGCUCUGAGAAGCAUUUCCUUCAGCCACCCAAUUCAGCACUCACUUUAUCCGUUUCUGACACUUAUUGGCGCUUAGCACUUCCUCUUGGAGCUACUCGUGAUCACCCAUAUUGCAACCCUCUUGCACAUGGCACGGUCAAGUUGAGAGACUUGAGGGUUUCAUCCAUUAUGAUGUGCGUUUCAGAAAUGGAUAUUCUGAGAGAUAAGAACUUGGAAUUCUCAAACGCUUUGGCUAAAGCAGGGAAAAGGGUUGAAACAGUUGUUUACAAAGGCGUAGGCCAUGCAUUCCAAGUACUGCAUAAUUACCAGCUUUCCCAUUCCCGAACCCAAGAAAUGAUAGCCCAUAUCAGGAACUUUCUUAACCAGUAA